AGAUUCACCGUUGCGCUUGUACUGUACUCACAGGAGUGUGUGAUGUGCCGUGGCUGCUUAUGCUGAGUCAACUGGUGACUAGGGAUUGAAUUGCUCCUUGGAGAGAAUUUUUUCCUUCUCUUAUCCACCAAGCUCUCCCUGUACAGGUCAAUCGAUCACUUAAGCUUAGAAUGACCGUCUGUUCUCGCGUUUCUCCCCGACAGUAACAGGUCAAUCAAGAUGCUCGGAUACGGUUCGAGAUCACUUGCUUCAGCGGCGGCCUCGCUCAUUUUGGUCGCGCUGCUUACCUUCCCAUCAAUUUUCAGCAUUGUAUCUCGUUUUCGUGAGCCGAAGGCAAAGUCGACGCUUUACGAGGAUAAAGAUGGGGUUGCUUCGGAGGCGUCCAUGGCGAAAUACAGUGCCAAGGUCCCCAAGAUUCUAUUGUCAAUUUUCACAAUCCUUGGUCUUGCGACCGCAAUUGCCUUUGCUGUUCUCACUACUUUAAAUCGAGACCUCGAUCCUAUGUUCCUCGAGAACUGGCUGAAUGUAGCUCAAUGGUCUCUCGUCCUCAUUCAGACCCUUGGCGUAGUGCUCGUACGAAAGACAACCAGAAGUUAUACUCUUGGCGUCUAUGCCACAGUUUCGUGCACAUUGUUGUUCGCACUCCUUCUUUUCCAGGAUGGAUUACUUCUACAAGACCCUUCGUUUGGUAAUAUUGGGCCGCCAGAAAUGGCAGCCUUUCGCCUCUCGCAAUUGGCGCUUGCUGUAUUUGCAGGAUUCGCCGGUGUCUCCAUUCCACGACGACCUGAUGUCUUCAAGGAUGGUGUUCUUGUUGACGGCAUGUACACUGUAUCUGCUAUUGGCAGAUACAGCUUUACCUGGGUCGCCAAUAUCCUUGCUCUUGCGAGGGAGAAAAAGCGACUAGAGUUAGAGGAUUUGACGAAGAUGGACCACUACACACGAUCUCGAGAUCUCAGCGAAGCUUGGGCAGAAAAGGAGCAUCCAAGAAAGCUCUGGAUUGAGGUCUUUCUUGCUCACAAAUGGCCUUUUAUCGUCCAGUGGCUUUUGACGCUAAUACAAGCGUUCGGGAAUUUUGCUCCGCAGUUCGUCACAUUUCAUCUUCUCAGAAUUCUUGAGGAUAGGGUUUCUGGACAGCCAGUAAGCUCAGAGGCAUGGAUUUGGGUUGUGGUCCUUAUGCUUACUACGAUCGGAGCCGCGGGGAUUGAAUCAUGGCUAUUCUGGAUCUCGUGGUCCGAAAUCGCGAUUCCUGUACGAGCUCAAUUGUCGGCUCUCAUCUUUCAGAAAGCCAUGCGACGGAAGGAUGUCAAGGGUGCUUCAAAGUCGAAAACCAAGGAGGGAGAUGGUGGUCCAGAUGAGGCCCAAAAGCCCACAGAAGACCCCACGGAGAAGGAUGAUGAAGAAGAAGGUGAUCCGAACGGCAAACAGUCAACUGUGAAUCUCAUAGGGGUUGAUACGAAGCGAGUUUCUGACUUCUGCUCCUUCAACAAUUACUUUCCUGGCAGUCUCUUCAAGCUAGUGGUGUCUUUUGCUUUUCUGCUGAGCAUUAUCGGUUGGAAGGCACUGUUAGCAGGAUUCUUGGCGUUCUCUCUUACAAUACCGCUCAACAUCUUCUGCAGCAAACGCUAUUCAGCUGCGCAAGACAGACUCAUGAAAGUCAGAGAUAACAAAAUGGCUGUUGUCAGCGAGGCAUUGCAAGGUAUCCGUCAAAUCAAAUUUUCUGCCCUGGAAUCGAACUGGCAGGAGAAAAUUGGCAAAGUACGAGCUAAGGAGUUGAACGAACAGUGGAAUGUUUAUAUUUUUGAUACAAUGCUGAUAUUCUGCUGGAUCGCGAGUCCAAUUUUGCUCUCUGCAACUGCUCUGGCAUUUUAUGCCUAUGAAUAUGGUGAACUAACCCCAGCCGUCGCCUUUACUGCAAUCGGAGUCUUCAGCAAUCUAGAGGUCACCCUCGGCGUCAUUCCUGAGCUUACGACAGAUCUCAUUGAUGCCAAAGUCUCCAUCGAGAGAAUUGAGAAGUAUCUAGGCGCACCUGAGAUAUCAGCAAAUACAAAUGACGCCCCCAACGUAUCAUUCGAGAAGGCUUCGAUUGCGUGGCCAUCGAAUGAGGAAAAGGAAGACGGCGAUGAGCGAUAUGUUCUUCGAAACCUUGAUAUAUCUUUCCCAGAAGGGGAACUCAGUGUCGUCAGCGGAAAGACUGGCACGGGUAAAAGUUUGUUAUUAGCAGCAAUUCUUGGAGAAGUGGAUGUCCUAUCCGGGAAGAUUAACGUUCCUCGGCCGCCUCUUACACGGGAUCGUUACGAUCACUUGGCCACAAGAGAUAACUGGAUCAUUCCCUCCUCAAUCGCCUUCGUUGCCCAAAUUCCUUGGAUUGAAAAUGCAAGUAUCAGGGACAAUAUCCUUUUCGGCCUUCCAUUUGACGAGGAGCGAUACAACAAAGUCAUUGAAGUAUGUGCCUUGAAAAAAGACUUGGAGAUGCUCACGGAUGGCGAGAGUACUGAGAUAGGUGCUAAUGGCAUCAACCUGAGUGGUGGGCAGAAAUGGCGAGUUACAUUUGCCCGCGCACUGUAUUCGCGCGCGGGUAUAUUGAUUUUAGAUGAUAUUUUCAGUGCAGUUGACGCGCACGUCGGACGAUUUAUCUUCGAAAAGGGUCUUACAGGCGAGUUGGGCGUUGGUCGAACGAGAAUCCUUGUAACACAUCACGUCGCGCUCUGCAGGCCAAAGACGAAAUAUUUCGUUGAACUGGGAGAUGGCACUGUCGAGAACGCCGGCUUGGUGGAUGUCCUAGAAGAGACUGGCACAAUGCAGAAGAUCCUGGAUCACCAGGAAUCAGAGUCUGAAAUUCAGGAAGAUGAAGCUCCUACCGCGGUGAACUCUGAUGAUUCUACGGAUGGUGAGAUCGGAGAGGUGUUGAAGAAAGUGGAUUCUAAGAAAGCUGCGAGGAAAUUUGUGGAGGAUGAGACAAGAGAACAAGGCCGGGUGAAGAGCCAUAUCUAUUUUGAGUAUAUGAAAGCAAGUGGUGGUUGGCCAUUCUGGCUGAUUGCUUUGAUUGCCUUUGCAGUGCUGCAGGCCUUUAUUACUGGACGAGCAUGGUGGCUGAAGCUUUGGACUGCCAACAGCAAGGUUUCUGUUGAUGCCAUAUCACAUACCUUUGGUUAUUCCUUCCAAGUCCAUAACCUGGGGUCAUUUUCCACGUCUGCGAAUACGAUCAGUACGCCUCCUGCAUCUGAUGUGCACAGUCUCCAAUACUAUCUGGGCAUAUAUGUGGCUUUCUCUAUCAUCUGCGCACUCCUCGGCACCUUCCGCUACUAUUACAUCUUCACUGGCGCCAUUCGAGCUUCCAGGAGGAUGUUCGACAGGCUCAGCUUUACCAUAUUGCGAACUCCUACAAGAUGGUUAGAUGCCGUCCCGUUAGGCAGAAUCCUCAAUCGAUUCACGGCGGAUUUUAAUGUCGUUGACACGAGGCUGUCUUCUGAUGUCGGCAUGGGAGCUAACAACCUAUUUCGCCUCAUGGGGGUAGUAGUUGCGGGUAUCUUCGUAUCACCUCUCGUAAUCCUCCUCUCCGUCGCCCUCUUCACCAUGUGUAUUUAUAUAGCUAGACUCUAUCUCCAAGGUGCACGAGAGGUGAAACGCUUGGAGUCAACCGCUAAAUCACCCGUUUUCGAACAGUUUGGAUCGGCUUUAACAGGUGUAGGCACCAUCCGCGCUUUCUCCAAGACUGACACAUAUAUUUCACGCAUGUUCAGCAAGAUUGACGACCACAGCACCACAUUUUGGCAUCUCUGGCUCUGCAAUCGCUGGAUGGGGUGGCGUAUGAGUCUUGUCGGAAGCUUCUUUGCUACUGUCGUAGCUGUUAUGAUCAUCCUAUUGCCUGGUAUUGAUGCCGCAUUAGCGGGCUUUGCCCUCAGCUUUGCUCUCGAGUAUGGCCAGACCGUCAUCUGGACCAUCAGACAUUAUACGAAUUUGGAAUUGGAUAUGAACGCCGCAGAGCGAAUCAUAGAAUACUCCAACCUGCCUACGGAGUCCCUCGAAGGCGCAGAUCCACCUGCCCACUGGCCUAGCAAAGGCAGUCUUGAGAUCCACGAUCUUGUCGUCGGUUACGCAGACGACCUCCCAGCUAUCCUAAAAGGUCUAACCUUUAAAAUUGAGUCCAAGGAGCGGGUUGGCGUCGUCGGACGAACCGGGGCCGGCAAAUCCAGUUUAACACUGGCGCUCUUCCGUUUCCUCGAAGCGCGAGAAGGAAGUAUUCACAUUGACGGACUUGAUAUCUCGAAGAUCAAACUACAGGCGCUUCGUAGUCGCCUCGCAAUCAUUCCUCAAGAUCCAGUACUGUUCUCAGGAACUGUGAGGAGUAACCUCGAUGCGUUUGAUGAACACACCGAUAGCGAAUUACGUGAUGCGCUCGAGCGUGUCCAUCUCGUUACCCCCUCUGCGCUCGCCACGCCCGGUGAACCAGCCGAUAACUCCACCCCUGCCUCCACAACCAGCAACGGCAACCAAAACAUAAACCCCUUCACAUCCCUCAGCUCGCCCAUCACCGAAGGCGGCCUUAACCUCUCGCAAGGCCAGCGUCAACUCCUCUGCCUGGCGCGCGCCAUCGUGUCGCGGCCCAAGAUCAUGGUUCUGGACGAAGCCACGUCGGCCGUCGACAUGGCCACCGACACGCUGAUCCAGCGCUCGAUCCGCGAAGAGUUCAGCGACAGCACGCUAGUCGUGAUCGCGCACCGGCUCAGCACGAUCGCGGAUUUCGACAAGAUCCUAGUCUUGGACGACGGCAAGGUGGCCGAGUUCGGCACGCCGAAAGAGCUGAUGGCGCGUGGUGACGGUGGCAUCUUUAGAGGCAUGGUGAGCGAGAGCGGGGAGAAGGAAAAGUUGGAGGCGCUGAUAAUGGGCGAGAAGUGACCGAGCAGUAUCUUACCUUACCUUACCUAUAGGUACAUUAGAGUAGAGGGGCGCGCAGCAAACUUGUUAACAAAUAGCUGUUUUUUUGUGAACUAGAUCAUCUCGCAUUGCUUACUUACUUACUUGCUUACUUCUUCGAUUGUUAUAUAAAUAUUCUCACAUACAUAUCAUGUCAUAGAACCAACCUGGAUUUUGUUCAUACAUAUAGCUCUCAUUUCUUUCGUAUUGUGCAAAUCGCUC